GUAAACGUGUCACAGUGAGCAGUCAUCAUGGCCAACCAGUCAAUGGACAUCAUCUCAAAGGUCUUGGAGCAGACCGCCAAACUGGUAGAGGAGCAGGUCGAUGCACAGUUGAGCAAAGUCAGUGAGAUGGAUGAAGACGAUUUGGAGAGACUGAAGGAAAGGAGAUUAGAGGCUCUGAAAAAAGCCCAGAAACAGAAACAGGAGUAUCUGUCUAAAGGCCAUGGGGAAUACAGAGAAGUUCCAAGUGAGAAAGACUUUUUCAGCGAGGUCAAGGAAAGCAAGAACGUUGUCUGCCAUUUCUACAGAAGUUCCACCUUCAGAUGCAAGAUCCUCGACAAACACUUGGCCAUCUUGGCAAAGAAGCACGUUGAGACCAAAUUCAUCAAGCUGAAUGUAGAAAAGGCCCCUUUUCUGACAGAGAGGCUGCGGAUCAAGGUCAUUCCCACGCUGGCUCUGCUGAUAGACGGAAAGACAAAGGACUAUGUGGUCGGAUUCGCUGACAUUGGAAACACAGACGAGUUUCCCACAGAGAUGCUUGAGUGGAGGCUUGGCUGUGCAGAAGUUAUUAACUACAGUGGGAACCUGAUGGAGCCUCCUACAAUGACACAGAAGUCAGGCACAAAGUUCACAAAAGUGGAGAAGAAAACCAUCAGAGGGCGAGCUUACGACUCUGAUUCUGAUUCUGGAGAUGAUUGAAAAAUAUGAAACAGCCGUGUGGUUUCUUCUCUCAGGGCUACCUCAUGAAAAAGUCGGUAACGGACAGCCCGCUUUCUUUCUCCUGCUCUCUUCCUCAGUGACUUACCUAUUCAUCAAUUUCCCCUAAUUUAAUUUACUAGAUUUGAAAACAAGUUUAUAAAAAUCUGUUUUUGUUUCAGCCUUUCUUCAAAAUGGGUGUGUAAUGUUUUUGUAUUUGAAUAAUUAAAUAAUGAAAUAUGUGCACUUCCAAGUGGGAAACCAACAUGAAACAUUACACAGCAAAUAGUUGAGGAUGAUACUCUGAGCCACUGCAGCAACCAUUUAUCCACUCGUUUUUAGCUUUGCUGUUGAUUUGUCUCUGUGUCGGUCUGAUGAUGUAAUAGAAACCAUGAUGCAUGUCAGUGCCAAGAUCAUUUAGCAUCCAAAUACAUUUUUACACAUUACAUUUCCUUGUAGCAAGAGUUUGACUUAACCAAUGCAGACUUAAUAAAACUGUACAAAAUGA